AUGUAUCGGCUGUGUAUUCAGAAGGAAUUGAAACGGUAAAUCGUACUCGGAAAGUUACGGAUCGAAGCGCGUCCACUAUUAUAUUGCAACGAAUACGACCACUUCGUUGCUGCUUUUUACGUGACUGUCGGUUUUUAGAGUGGAAGGCUAAAUUUCAAGGUAGCUCGCGUCCGCCAAGAGGAAUUUGACCUGCGAUCGAUGCCAAUCGUUACGCGCGAUCCGUUAUCUCGAACGAAUUGCUAGAAAAAUUCAGCUGCACGUAGCUUUCGUCGUUUCUCGAAAUGAAUUUUUCGAGCCAAGGAAAUUGGAUAUCUACUUGAUCCGACGCGGCAGCAUUCGUGAUAAGAUUCCAGAAUAGAAAUUUAAUUGAAAUUGACCCGACUGACGUGUAUUUAACUUGAAAAUUAGAAUUAAAAUUUCUCCCGAUCUUGCAACAAUUAUGACAUAUCGUAACAAUAAUAAUAUCUGUAUUUUAAACACCAAGUCGGUCUACCAAAGUAUCACGACUAAAUUUCGGGAAUUGGAUCGAAUUGCAGGUGGAAGGAAUGUUUAAGCGGCUGUCGAAGUCGAGGCGCCACAGCGCCGACGACGUGGCCCUUUCGUUGUCGAGCCCGACGACCCUGGACGAACCGCCGGGGACGUCGAUGCCGCGGGACAACUGUCAGAGCAUCAGUCCAGCCGCCCUGCUGAGGGUUUCGAGGACGAAGUACACGAGGAGAAGCUGCGGGGACGCGAGCGCCAUGCAGGCGUUGCUGGCCUCCAAGCAGGAACAGGAGCAGGACGUCGCCGAGGCUGAUUAUCAAAUGGUCACGGCAGUUCCUGCCUUCAUUGUCGAACACGAGCCCGAGAAACAGCGUGAAAAGAUAUUGGUUCCUUCGUUAUCAUUACGUAACGAAAACGGAUGCGAGUCAUCAAAGGACUGUAAUUAUCCGGAUCAAUCGUUUCCCUUGUGCAAACGACUGGUAAUCUUACUUUCUAGUUUCUUUACAUCAAUGUCCGUAGCCAGAUUACCGUCUUCUGCUACAGUAAUCAUAGACUAUGGCAAACUGCCCAUUACUCGGGUUUACAUUUUCUUUAAUCUGUCUUAAUUUUUUUUUUCUUUUUUUUUUUGUUUACUGGUAUUAUUAGAAACUGUUAGCUUUGCAUAUCGUGUACUGUAAUGUCGACGAAUCGGAAAGAAAAACAUCAAAAAGUCAGUUUAAAAUAGUCUCUGCUUUAAAAUAG